CUCUCAGUCUUCCCGCGGAGCAUGAGCGAGUCGUCGGGACCGCGCUUCCUGCUGCGCUCCUGCGUGUUCCUGCUGGUGCUGAUCGGCAGUCUGUUGCAGCUAGUCUUCUUCGCUCUAUUGCCACAGAUCCAGCUACACACAGAGUUCUGCAACGCCACACUAGCCUCGCGUUCACUGCUAGCUCCCACACCCACAAGCGCCGAGCUGGCGCCGCCCAUGAAGCUGCUGUUCCAAUCAUUAUACGUGUCUCCACGCGAAUUGGCGCUUCAGCAGAAGGAGGAGGAGAGACGGCGUAAUGAACUGGCUCAAGAUCCCAAACAAACUAUCAGAAGCAAGCAGGACGCCGCAAAGGACGAGGGAUAUCGCAAUCCAUUAGGAGGAGAAGGCGAGACGUUCCAGGCCGAGACGCUGGCUGAAAAUCAGGCUCUGAAAGCGCAGCAAUUGGCUGAAAAAGAAGAGGAAAUGGAACGGGAGCGUCAGAUGAACCUACCCGCUGGCUUCUUCCUACAGACAAGAGGUCAAGGUCACGAGGCGAUCAUCUCCAAGUCCGCGUACUGCAUCAACGUUGUGACACCUAGCGAUUCACCUGGAGUUUUACUGGACUUUGAGUUGUAUUUGAACGCGUUGCCCUCAGCGCGGCCCGUGUAUUCGUACAGAGGCAAUGGUGAACAGGAAAGUUCGAGUUACAGUGACGACGGGAAGGCCAAGCGUCUGGAUAUGCCCCCGUCGGUCAUUGACAUUUAUCUGGAGCGACAUCCCGUGGACAAGAAAUAUUAUCCAGACUUUCACGCGCCUAAAGAGAAAAGCAUUUGGAUGAUGCAGAACGUCGAGUUCUUCGACAGACACGAGCUGGACAACCCCACGGUGGGCGUCAUGAUGGUUAAGAACCGCAUCGGGCUUAAGAAAGUGCUCGAGUACAGACAUCGGCAUCAACUCUCGUAUUCAGUCUUCUACACAAAACACACGAGUCGCGAUUUGUAUCAGCCUGCGGUACAGCGUGACUGGACGUCAUUUUUGCAUUUGGCCGGUUGGAGCCCGUUCAAGAACACGCGUGUGAUCCUACAGGCGUGGGCGUUGCAUCCAGAAUGGCCGCAACUGAUCAUCCGUGUGAUUAAGGCCGACUUGUGCCAGUGGAUUGAGGAACAAUUCGGUGAUAAGGACUCGUGGAGACUCCAAAAUGUGGACUAUGCUUGUGGUUCGGUGCCUGCUGAAGAGAAGGACCGAUUGCAGAACCAGAUUGGACUUCACUUGUGUCCUAGCGAGACCGAAGGGUUCGGCCACUAUAUUAACGAGGCUCGCAGUGUUGGCGCAUUAAUCCUGACAACGAACGUACCACCCAUGAACGAGCUAGUGGACGAGAAGAGCGGCGUGCUGGUAGGAGAGCCGCAUCCGUGGUGGUGGCAAACAAAAGGAGACUUAUUUAUGCCACUAGCACAAGUGGACGUAGCCGACAUCGAGCGGGGCGUAGAACAAAUUCUGCUGCUCUCCAUAGAGGAGCGUAAACGAAUGGGUCGGCGUUCGCGUGCCAAGUUUCUAGAGGACCGCGCGUAUUUUCUCAACGCCAUGACAGCACUGGAAGAGAGCCUUUGCCAGGACGAGAUCCGAAUCGAGAAAUUACAGCCCUAUCUGUACUAGCGCUCGGAUAGAUAGAGAUAUAGUACCCCCCUUACCUGGCAGUCUAGCUUGUAAGUAGUAGCAUAGUUAUCCGCCAUUUUUCACACAUUCUUGUGCUGUUUUCUUCCGAUAUGACCUGGGAUAACGAAAUACUUGCCAAAACUCAAAGACAAAUUUCAC